AUGCUUCUCAAGUCUCUCAAGGAAAGCUUAUAUACCAAUUUGUCCGUAUAUUUGUCAGUUCCAUUACUAGCAGACUACUUUCAACAAUGCACGAAGACACCGAUAGAAGAAAAUGUCACAUUGAAAGGUGGAAUUGGCGCAGGAACAUUCAAGAAGAUGGGAAAAGUCACAGAAAUGAAGUCUUGUAUUCAUUUAUGUUGUAAAGAGAUGUCAUGCGAUGUUGCUUUCAUGUCUGCCCAGAAUUGUUACGCUGUCGAGUGUGUUAGCGACGAUGAAUGUGAGUCCACCACAACGGAUACAUCAGACGUACAAGUCCUGAUAGCACAUGUGAAGAAAGUAGCUAAGAAAUCAUGUAAGUAUUUCUUUAUUCUUCAAUCGCGUGUAUUGACACGUUAAUUACUGUAUAUACCACCAUUAUUAGGCCUGUUUUAGAGUACGCAUGCCAGGUCUGGCAUUACAAUAUCCAACAAUAUUUAUGUGACGAUAUUGAAAAAAUACAAAAACGCGCGUUGAGAAUCAUCCUCCCAUCGCAAAAGUACGACGAAGCGCUGAUCACGACUAACAUCACGUCACUGAGAGAUCGCCGAGAAAAAUUAUGCGAACAUUUCUUUGAGAAGAAUAUUGACAAUGAAAAUCUCAAAGAUCUUUUACCACAAACAGUUUUAUCUGGAUAUGAUCUAAGACCGAUAUGUAAAUAUCAUAAUUAUGUUUGCAGAACCGAACGUUUUAAGAAUUCGUUUUUACCUCAAAGUAUAUUAAAGAUUAACAGUAAAUAAGUUUUUAGAAAUGUAAAUAAUCUUAAAUAUGUAAUUAUUAUGUAAUUUUGACUUAUCCUCUUAAUUUAUGUAAUACUGGUGUAAUUUAACCUUUUUGGGUUACAAAGUCAGUAGUCAUUAAAUCAAUUCAAUUCAAUCAAUCUUUCGUUCUUGAAUAAGUCAUUAAUUCAAUCAAUAAAUUAUUCAAUCAAAAAUCUAUUCAAUCAACAAAUUAUUCAAUCAAUAAAUUAAUCAAUAAACAAUUAAUUCAUAAAUUAAUCAACAGAUCGAUCAAUCUAUAAAUUAAUCAGUAAACUAAUCAACCAAUAAAUUAAUCAAUGUAUAAAUUAAUAAAUUUAUUCAAUCAAUAAAUUAAUCAACCAAUAAACUAAUUAAUUAAUUAAUUAAUAAAUUCAUCAAUCAAUAAAUUAAUUAAUUGAUCAAUCAAUAUGCCUUUUCUGUCGAGGAUGCAGGCAUGGUAUUAACUUCAAUGCAGUAUUAAUGUACACGCUAUGGAUUUCAAAAAUAUUUGGCUAGAGAGAAUUGUAGGCCUAUGUUGUACUUCAAUCAUGUACUGUUGAUCACGGAAUAACCAAAAUGACAAUAUACUUUUCAAAUUGCAAUUACGGAAUUCUGAAACGAACUGAGUGUACGAAUUAUCAUGCUUCUUAAAAAAUAUAAAGUACUAUACUACAUACCAAACAAAUUCAAUAUUUGUGCCAACCUCUUUCCCAUUUAAUUUGUGUCUUGUCUAAAUGUGAAAAUAUUUAAGUAAAUAUAUAUUAUUCACAUGUAUUUGCUUGUUGAAGGUUGAAAUUUAUAAAAUAUGGCUAGCCAAGGCAAUAAAUCGACUGGAAAAGAUGAAGGCGAAGCGAAAUCAACCCGUCAAUUAUUUUGGUUUUUAUAGUAACUAUAAUAAGAAGUAAAGAACUGCACAUUGCAGGAAUCAAAGCAGGGUCCUAUGUGCACUAAUAACCACAAUCGGUCUUUGUCCCCAACGCCAUGACUCAUGACAAAGUGAUACAAACUCGACCCGAGUUACUUUUCCAAACUUUCAGAGUGCAUUGUCACAGAAUACACAACUUAUCGUUUCACAGAGCACAAGAAUGCUGCAUGAGUGAUAGUCUUUAAUACACUUUGUAAUACCUCACCUAAUACAGACGACCAUGCAGAGCAAUGAACUUUCAGUGUUGUGAUCAGCUACGGCUUCAACGUUCUACUUAGUUCGGAUGAAUAUUUCUGGCUUUGUAUAUUUCCAAAUGCGGAGCAUAUAUAAACGAUUAUCAUUCUUGUAAUUUAUUUCUAGCCAUGGUACACAAUCGUUAUUCGCUGCUAUUAUCGCUUGGCGCCUGAAGUUUCAGUGUAAAUACAGACAGUUUUGCCUUUCUAGCUGUAUAGCUCGUCGCCACACGACACGCUUCUUGCUCGUGGCCUCAUUAUAAUAAUAUGUUCUCCGUCCAGUCUCAAUUCAAAACAAUAACCAACUCCCAUAGGUAGAAUAUAUUACUUUAAUCAUAAAUUGUAAUCCAUACUUGUGGUAUCAGUUCUAAACUAUAAAUUGAUUCCAUGGCACUUGCAAUGACAAAGAAUUCUACUUUGAAAUUAGCCGGAUUCUAAGUUAUCUAUUUUUUUUGUAAAAUAGUAAUUCAAGUAUGUAUUAUUUCUUGUACAUGGUGUAUAAAAAAAAGGCAACCUCGGAAUUUCCCAAGAAAUCGACAUUGUUUUAAGGACAAAGGAUUUUAGGUGCCUGGGAAUUUAAAAUAGCACAACUGUCAAAAUUACUGCACACGCGAGUGCAUAAAGCAAAAUUUAUGCAUUUAUUUAAUGACACUUGAUAAGUUUUAACUUUACAAGUACAGUACAACAACAGUUAAUUUAUCAAGGGCCUUGUCAAAUAUAGGCUAUAUAAUAUGAUCUAUUAGCAAUUCGACUUCAAUUCUCACGGCCCCAAACUCUUUUAUGGUUAAGAAUUGCAAAGUGGAUUUCUUAGGAAAUUCCGAGGUUGCGUUGUUUUAUACACCCUGCCGGUAUAAAAAGUAUAUUUUAACUAUCAUAGCUAAAUAGUGUCCCCAAUUAGUAGCUACGCUUAAUUUAUACAUCUUUAGAGGUUUGGUUUGAUUCAUAUUUAUCCUAGACUAGACUAGACUAAGCGAAGACUAAAUUGAAACAAGGCUGAAAGUUGACAUUUAUGAGAAGGCGUUUAUGACAUCGUAUAGUAAACUUAAAUCUAUAAAUAAUUCAAACAUCUAUUUCUAUAGCAAACACAACGCUGGACGUUCUAGCAAAUCCAGGUCUUUUGGCAAAGAAAAGUCCUCUGGCGACCGGGGCUAAUCCCGCUAUGGCUGGAAUGGCAGGACAAUGUAAAGCUGGUAAAAUAUUCAAAGAGGUUAGUAUGUUUUUAAUAUCAUUUUAAACUACAAAAAUACAUAAAUCUAGACGACUCACAUGUUUUCUAUAUCGCUAUUACGAGUGUUUUCAGGUAGUUGCAUCCCUACGAACGAAAGCUUGUUCAUAUUAUUAAUUGCAUGGCAUUUAGCACUACCUACACUGGCACAGACAGUUCAUAUCAUACACCAUACCAUACCACACCACACCAUACCACGUCAUACCAUAUCAUACCAUACCAUACCAUACCAUCUCAAACUCAUUAAUAAUUCAUGAGUAAAUUAGCCAACCAUAUUGCUUUAUUUUGCUCACAUGAUAAUACUGGAUACCUGAUGAAGUACAUUGAUUCAGUCCUUGGACUGGAUCAAAAUUAAUUCAGUCCUAGGACUGGAUCAACAUUAAUUAAAUAGUGAUUUAUUCGCAUGAGAUGUCAUUUCAAAUCCUCCAAUUCGGACUGGACUAGACUUCAUGUCCUCGCAUUUUGACCCAGUCCUCGGCUUCGCCUCGGACUCGAUCAAAUUGCGCGGACUUGAAAUCUAGUCCUGUCCUCACAGUCGGAUUUGAAAUAUUACAUACCAUACCAUACCAUACCAUACCAUACCAUACCAUACCAUACCAUACCACACCAUACCAUACCAUACAGUACCAUACCAUACCAUACCAUACCAUACCAUACCAUACCACAUUGAUUUAAUGACCGUGUUUUCCACGUAAAAUUAAAGGUAACACUCCAUGGAGGUAUAAAUGCUGGUACAUGGAUCAAAAUUAAUUCAGUCCUUGGACUGGAACAACAUUAAUUAAAUAGUAAUUUAUUCGCAUGAGAUGUCAUUUCAAAUCCUCCAAUUCGGACUGGACUAGACUUCAUGUCCUCGCAUUUUGACCCAGUCCUCGGCUUCGCCUCGGACUCGAUCAAAUUGCGCGGACUUGAAAUCUAGUCCUGUCCUCACAGUCGGAUUUGAAAUAUUACAUACCAUACCAUACCAUACCAUACCAUACCAUACCAUACCAUACCAUACCAUACCAUACCAUACCAUACCACACCACACCACACUAUACCAUACCAUACCACAUUGAUUUAAUGACCGUGUUUUCCACGUAAAAUUAAAGGUAACACUCCAUGGAGGUAUAAAUGCUGGUACAUGGAUCAAAAUUAAUUCAGUCCUUGGACUGGAACAACAUUAAUUAAAUAGUAAUUUAUUCGCAUGAGAUGUCAUUUCAAAUCCUCCAAUUCGGACUGGACUAGACUUCAUGUCCUCGCAUUUUGACCCAGUCCUCGGCUUCGCCUCGGACUCAAUCAAAUUGCGCGGACUUGAAAUCUAGUCCUGUCCUCACAGUCGGAUUUGAAAUAUUACAUACCAUACCAUACCAUACCAUACCAUACCAUACCAUACCAUACCAUACCAUACCAUACCAUACCAUACCACACCACACCACACUAUACCAUACCAUACCACAUUGAUUUAAUGACCGUGUUUUCCACGUAAAAUUAAAGGUAACACUCCAUGGAGGUAUAAAUGCUGGUACAUACAAAGAUAUGGGUAUGGUCAAUAAUGGUAUGCCUGAAUGUCAGAAAAAAUGUUGCGGGUUUUCAGCCUGCGACCUUGCCUUUCUUUUGGGUGGGCGAUGUUAUUUAGUCGGCUGUGCUGAUGAGAAGAGUUGUCAGAUGAAUAAAGCUAAACCAUCAGUCUACACUCCAACGAUAUCAUACGUCACAAGGUGGAACACUGAAGGUGUCAAACAUACAGGUAAAAAUAUUUUAAAAGCUGAAAUAAAAAUAUAUGAUACACAUGAAGAAGUUUAUUAUAUAGUGAACAGAAAUACCAACAGGUUCGUUGGAAUUCGAGUCGUAAUCGUUUAAGAAUGAUUUAUCAAACCCGGAAAACAAGUCCUAGGACUGGAUGAAGUAGUGGUAUAGGACAGGAUGAAGUUUUGAUCAAGUCCUAGGACUGGAUGAAGUUUGAUCAAGUCCUAGAACUGGCUGAAGUUUAAUCAAAUCCAAGGACUGGAUGAAGAUUGAUUUACGUCGUAUAGGACAGGAUAAAGUUUUGAUCAAGUCCUAGGACUGGAUGAAGUUUAAUCAAGUCCUAGAACUGGCUGAAGUUUAAUCAAGUCCAAGGACUGGACGAAGCUUUGAUCAAAAGAUAAAAUUGUAUAAGGUGUUGAUAAUAUAUCAAUAAUGUUUUCAUGCAGUCUUAAAGAAAACUGCGUGAAACUGGAUAUAGUAUUUGAAAAGGAUAAGAGGAGUAUAGCCGCUAGCCAUCUCGCCACCUUUCUCAGUUCUGGCAUAAACUUUAAUGUCCAUAAACUAAAUUCUUUUUAACAUAAAAUGUAAAUGUUCAUGAACUAACAGCUUCUUUCGUUUAUCUUUCAGUUCAUUUUGAAAGCCCUGGGGAUAGCAUCCAAUUCACAUGUCCUAGGAUGACACCGCUCACGAAAGUUACCCUCAAAGGCGGGUUGAAGGCAGGAGACUUUACAGACGUAGGCAAAGUGGGGAAACUAUCAGACUGUUACGACAUAUGUUGCCGCAGUAAGAAAUGCGACCUCGCUUUCAUGUUGGGACAAAACUGCUUCAGCGUUAAAUGUUACAACAAGGAUCUGUGUCGAACAAUUCCAGCUCAGCCAAGUAUAUUUAACCCACAGAUUGCGUACGUGGCUUCGAGGGAUAAAAUAUCUUUGAGUACUGCAAUAGAAGGUAGGAGGUUACCAAGGCUUCUCUUUCGUAAAGGAAAGUAGGGUAGUGGAAAGGAUUAUGUCAGCUCAUGCAAAAUGUUUACAUUCUUUAGGUCAGCCAUUGUACAUUUGAACAAUGAAUGCGCAAUUAAAGCACCUUUACCACAAUGUACUUUUUGUCAGGAAAAAAGCCGGCUUUUUAAUUUUAAAAUUGUGGGCCAACGGUCAAACUGCCAGUCAACGUAAACGUUUUAGCUCUCCUUUUCACAUAUACAUGUUUCCCUCGGUAAACAAGAUUUCGUGUUUCAAAGUGUUUUAACUCCAGAAACAGUAUCCACGCUCAAAUAGGUUUAAAUAGCUUGAUCUACCGUAUAAUAUACUACAUAAUAUGUAAUGUCUAGUGUUUUCCUAAAAGAUUGUAAAAGGCCAGGUUAGACGAAUAUUAUUAUUGGACGAAUUUUCGCGAGUUAUUCGAUCAUCUGUUUCGGGUGUAAAACUUAUGAGAGAACACUCCAUGCUUUAAUAUCUGUGACUUUUCAGGCUGUGGACUGUCUUAUUCCCUUUUAUUCUUCAGUAAUGACCAAUGAUCUACAUGUUUACUUUCUCAAUAUAUAGACAAAAUUCAAGGAAAUGACGUGCAAACGGUCACGCACGUAACCUGUCCAAAAGGUCACGUGGUCAACAAGGUAACAUUAUCCGGGGGUCUAAAUGCCGGCAAGUAUCGAGAUCACGGCAAAGUGCAGGACAUCCAACAAUGUCGCCGCAUCUGCUGUGAAAUCCCGAAAUGCAAUGUGGCAUUCAUGAUCUCAGAGAAUUGUUUCUCGGUUGAGUGCAAGACGGAACUCGGAUGUCGGACCCAGCCCGCUGUUUCGUCGCAAUAUCAUCCACGGAUUUCUUAUGUCAGAUUUAUCGGAUCUCCGAAUAUUAUUGGAGGUAGGGUUAUUUUUCUAAAUAUUUUUUCAUUACUUGAAUGAGUUCUAAGUAUCAACAGUUAUGACUAGCGUUUGAAUCAGUAAUAAACUGUGUGGGAAUAAAAAUCUUGUGGAUUCAACAAAUUAUUCGACUUCAUUCCAAGACGCCGAAAGUCAACCAUUGCAAGUCAACGUUUACUUUAUUUAGGAUUGCUCACUAUAUUUUCUUUUCUAACAAUUACAAAGUGGUUUCUCCAUGAGCCUUGCAACUCUGAAAUUGUGGUUAGAAUCCUGCACAUGCAUUAAAGAUUGAUGGUUUGACAUUCACCACAGGUUAUUUCUGGGUACACUAGCUAGCAAUUGUAGCAGAACCGGAACAAUAAGGAUAGCCCUUGAUCUAGGAAGAAUAAUUUAGACAUAAUUGAAAUGGCUAUCUGUGUCUUAAUAACGCCUUGUUUCUACAGUAUUCAAUGAUAUGAACGACACUGUCAAGAAUUCCACAAAAAGUCUGGACGACUUGCUGAAUGCUAGUGCAGCAAAACAACCAGUCAACUCCAAAAUAACUCCGAAACCGCUUGGUACAAAAGAAGACGACCUGCCUCAAAUUCCUCCUCCAAAAAGUAAGGCUGCUCACCAAAAACCCAAAAUCACCGUCCCACCACCAAAACCCAAUAUUCUUCUCAUGAAUGGAGACACAACAGGUACCGUAUAAUUUAUAUAGAAUGUUUUCUUGCGAAUAAGAAUUUUCCAUGCCUCAAGGAGAUAAAAUGGCGGUUACAACAGUCGAUAAAUGGUCUAAAUGUAGGGGAUACUUAUAAAAUCGACGCGAUGAGAUAUGGGCCUCUUUGUGGGCGAAUUUGUGGGAAGAGCGACCAAAUAGGAAGAGCGACACUGAUGGAAACUGAAAAAGUGAUAAUUUAAUCAGCGGCUCUGGGGAUCAACCCCCGGAGAUGUUUUGUGUUUUUGAGCCUCUAGGGCUUGAUUUUCGACAUUUGUAAAGAUCCAACUUUUUGAUAUAUUCAUCCGACCGUCAAAGGUUUGGUUAUGGGAAUACUACAACACUCUCCUGAACUAAGUUAUUCCUCCCGUUUUCACUUAUAUUUUAGACAGUAGGGAACUUCACUGGGGAGGAGGACAUAGUUGACUGGAGGGACCAUAUUGGGGCUAGCACUGAAGCUUGGCCUCCCCCAGUUUAUAUGUUAAAAGAGGUCCUGGAUAAGAUGCAAGGAUUAAAAAACGUAGCAAAUAAAAACAAAGGAGAAAAGAGGUUAAAAAUCACCGAGUCCAUGGUCCAAAGCAUUCGAGUACGCUUCACAAUUCACAUAGAGUGGACAACACUUGGUGAAGACACUCACCUUUACUGAGCAGAUCUAUUUUAUUUCCACAAAAAAAUAUAUGCCCUAUAAAGUUCUUUCGAAAGUUGAAAUGGUAGUUCUAUCGCCGGUUAGGCACACCUCAAAAAUACAGCACCAAUGCCAGUAAUACAUGGGAAAUAUUCGCUUAAAUUAUCAUGUGUUCAGAUAAAAAUUGACAACGUUUCCUACAAGCCUAAAUUCCUCCAAGAGGGGAGGCAAUUUCUCCACGAGGCACGAUCUCCCUUGUUAUAUCUCUGCACCAUUGCUAGCAUUCUUAUAUUCCGUUCAGAUUUAGCCUCAGCUCUACAAAGUUCAAAGCCAGCCACACCAAAACCUCAAAAAAACCAAACAGCGUUGAAAAACCAAUUGAAGAAUGUCAAAGCCGGUCAAGCAAUGUCUCUCCAAAUGGUCAACGGCGAACUAAAACUAACCUCAACACAAGAUGGAAAAACCAAUGGUAAAGAGAACGAAAACAAAGCAAAUUUAAAACCUGCUCCAAACCAGGUAACAUAAAGUCGUCUUUUAAACCUGUAGGUGUUAUUUACAGAGAUAAAAUGGAUUAACAAAUCGAUAAAGGAUAAAAUUUGAGACUGAUAGAGUACCAAAUUUUCGUCUUCGUACCCAUGCCUCACACAUCACAGUCCGCUGAUCCAUAUAUAUGUACUUAUGUUGCACAAUUAUAAUAGCUAUGACAAUUAGGUACUACGAAGUCAAUGGUUUGAUGCGUUAUUUCGGACGAAUUUGUGGCUCCUGUGGCCCCAAAUGUCCUGGGAAAUAUGACCGAUCACGGACUGGAGCGCCAUAUUUUCUAGGAGAUUUGGCCGGUCUGCUAAAUAUGAAGGUUCAACUUAUUUCACCAAUACAGUGUUGAGCCAAUACUAUGAAUAAUAAUAUUAUUCAUAAUCCUCUAAUGAUAGCUUCAAAAUUAAUGCUCAGUUAUUCCAAAUUGAAAUGCAUUGAUCAAUUGAAAAUCUUACUAUUCUGUAUAUAAUCCAGUCACUCGACCAUUCACUGUUCCAACUUCGUUUAGCAUUUAUGCAAAAAGGCUAUAGGUUACUAUCAGUUUUUAUACCUCAAAUUCUCAUUUGUUAUUGUAGCAGAAAACACAAGGAUCAUCUGAAAAAAACAACUGCAAAGCUGUGAAGCAUAUUAAGGAUGUCACAUUAUCCGGGGGCAAAGGUGCCGGUACUUUCACGGAACACGGUCAGGUUGACUCCAUGGAUAAAUGUGUCGAUUUCUGUUGUAAAGAGAAGAAAUGUAACUUGGUGUUACUGCUUGGAAAGGCGUGUUAUUCAGUUGCAUGUAAAGAUAAGAAAUCUUGUGCGACCUCGCCAGCUCCACCGUCCAAUUUUGUUCCACAGCUAGCCAUUGUUCGUCCGAUGGAAACGAAUGUCAAAAAAGGUAGGAAUGAAAGAAUAUAGUCGAGAAAUGGUAGAUCUAACUUUACUAUGUCAGUUCUUAAUAGACUUCCUAGAAGUGCAAUAAACGCUAGACAUGCCCCAAGUCAUGAUCGCUCGAAUUGGCUUUAUUUUUUACAGAGUCUAUAUCCAGUCUGUUAUGAGAUCAGUUUGAACAACUUGUUAUCAGGAUGUGCUCGCACUGCUUGUUCGUACCAAUUGAUGCCAAUUUGGCGUACCAACUUGAUGCCAAGUUGUCAACGGCUUGUCUACAACUCACUUCAAGGUUGUUAAUUGACUCAACAAUUAAGUUGUUCCGGUACCUUGUUAUUAUCCUGUAGUCCAACAAUUUGUUAACAAGUUGUAAACGACAACCUUGUAGCAAUUUGAUAAACUACAAAAUUGUCACAACUGGUUCAGAAGCUUCCUACAAGCAUGAUAUUUUCUGUGUUGGUGUAAUGUACUCAGGUGAAUAAGAUGCUUGUGUGAUAUUACUCUGAGUAACAUCACACAAGCAUUACACUCAGAGUAACAUCACACAAGCUUCCUACAAGUAUGUUUUGAACACAUCCUGUUACCUUGUAGACAAGAUAUGGUGGGAUUUUUACGUGAUUGCCGUGCUAAACCUCUAUAGGAUUGACUAUUGGGAACUGAUAAGAGCUAUCUACAAUAAAUAGCGUUAGUUCAAUAUGGCGUUGGCUAUUUCCAAAUAUCAGUAGAAGUUUAAAUCUUCUUUUCCCAACAAUGCUUAUGUUCUCUUCCGCCUAGUUCAACGUCCAGCCAUUCCAGAAACACCCAAAAGCCUGAAAUGCAACUACAAACCAACAACCAAUGACAAAAAGCUGAUCAAAGGAAGGAAAGCAGGAACAUUCAAGUUAGCCAAAGACAUUCACUCAAUGAAAAACUGCAUGGCAAAAUGCUGCGAUGAAUCGAUGUGUGAUUUGGCGUAUCUGGAGAGAGGAAAGUGUUUUACCGUAACGUGCAAUUCACCUGAUAGUUGUGCAACUGCAAUGGUAAAGGAUGACGAAGAAUCUUCAUUGAUGGCGUUCACAUCUCCUGUAGAAAAGCCAUCCGUCAAAGGUAUUACUAUUAGCGCGUACGCUUAAAAUUGCCUACAUCACAAAACUUGAGACUUUUAAACACUCUGGUUAAAAUUUUCCCGGUCAACCUAGAAAUAAUCCUAUUUGAAUUAUGUUUUAAAUACUCCUGGGGCCAGUUGUUCAAAGCUGGGUUAGCGUAAUCUAGGAUUCAAAGGAUACAUUCCAAUAGCUUGUUUAUAAAUUUGGAAAUACUUCUUGAGACAUCGUGUCUGAAUCAGUAGGACUUUUUCUUCUCUGAAGGUGGGAAAUAAACAGACGUGCAGAAAUGCAUAAACUAAAACAGCAAGUUAAAUUUUAACCCAGAGUAAGCGCUAAUCCAGCUUUGAACAACUGGCCCCUGAGGCUCGUUGUUCAAAGGUGGAUUGACGCUGACCCUGGGUUAAAAUUUAACCUGCUGUUUUAGCUUAUGUAUUUCUGCACAUCUACUUGUUUCAAAACUUCAGAGAAGAAAACUCCCAUUGGUCCAGACAAGAUUUCUGAAGAAAUAUUUCCAAGUUUAAUAUAACCAAGCUGUUGGGAAGUUUGCUUUGAAUUUUAGGUUAACCUUGGGUUAAGUUAAUCGGCUUUUGAACAACCGACCCCAAGGUUAAUUUGCUGGUUAUUUUAACCGUUUUCCUACUACAGUCUAGUUAAGUAGACCAAAACGUCCUGGACAAAUUAACCAGACUGUGUUAAGUAGGUGGAUAAUUACGACCAGGUUCAAUAUUAUAACCAAAUUCCUGGAUACAUAACCAGACCAUGGUAGGAAGUGAGAUAAAACAACCAGGAAAUUUAACCAGAAAUAAAACACAAAACAAUAGACACUCCGAAAAUUGUAAACAUUUUCAUUUUUUUACGUUUGGACUAUAAUUUAAGUCAUCUUCUGAAGAAUUUGAAUAAAAAUAACAAGAAUAAAAAGUUAACUUUGAUUGUAUUACAGUAAACGGCCAACCAGUACAAGUGCAGGCUUUCAGUCCUACAUAAGUUUAGUCCUUUUUCAGUUUCCAAAGAUUACCUUACUUUCGGACAGGAGUCACAAAACCUACGGCAAGCUACAAUUUUGCUACAGUGCUGACUCGCUACAAUUGAAAAACGCGUUGUGAACUGCCACACAGUCAUGGAACAAAACUGUGUUUGUACUGUAUGCCAGUUGCUCCUCGUCUAUUGACCAUGAUGUGUUUUACUUGCUUAUAUAGAAACCGAAGUUAACAUGGAAGAAAACGAAGCUACACCGAGCAAAGACUCACACUGCAAGACGAUGAAGAUAACUCGAAACACCAAAUUAUCCGGAGCCAAGUUAACAGACAUGGGUGAGGUAGAUCGUCUGGACACAUGCAUCGCCCACUGCUGUCGUAAAGAUAGCUGUGAUGUAGCAUAUAUGGAGGAACAGAAGUGUUAUACAGUACAAUGUCAAGAUGGUCUGCAAUGUCAGUCAUUUAGAAAACCAGCUGACAAAGAUAAAAAUACAUACAUCGCUUACAUGCGCAGAACUGUGGAUGACGCUGAGAAGGAAAGAGGUAAUUGUAAAAAAUCAUUAAUAAUUCAUAAAGAAAAUUUUAAAAAGUCAAUGUGGUGCUGUAUCCACGCAUAGAAAAUUUUCCUGAUUUGCAAAAAAUAUUCCUCGAUUUUCUUUCCUUGAAAUGUUCUGUUAAUUAUCAUGAUAUUAGUAAUAUUCACGUUUCUCAUUGUCAAACUGUCUCAUUGUUCAGAUUGGGUGAUUGUCUAUGUCAUUGUGGGAUCUUUGGUGUGCGCAUCUGGACUUAGUGGAAUCAUUUGGGCCUCGUGUAUAUGCAUUAAAAGGUAUAGUGUAAAUUUGAAAAUAGUGAGAAAAGAUCGUGAAAUUAAAUAGUACAUAGAUUUGAAUUGUCCCUCUUCCUUGUUGGCUCGCUAACUCAUCUCAUACAGGAUCAGUCCUGUUCGACAACCUUAUGUCGAUUAUGUGGUAAAUUCAAAGAUUAAUACUCAAGUAUUUGGUUGUAACCUGAUGUAGUGCUGAUAAUAUAUUACAUUUCGUAACAAAACCCUCUUUGAUAACAGAACAAUGAUCAAUGGUAAUAAUUUUAUUAUUUUCAAUACAGGAAUCGUCUGCGGAACAAGCGAAGAUUGAUUGAUGACGCAAGCGAAGAAGAGGAGGAGGAAAUGAUUCCUAAGCGUAAGAGAAAUUUCUUAACAAUUCUUAAAGUGCCUAGAUCACUUAAAAUGACUUAAUUAAUAACUUCUUUUAUAUAAGUUUGGUAACUUGCUCCCUUCGCAAGAUAUUCAACUUUGUUUCAUAUGCAAAUAUCACCGGUGUGACAUCACAUCGCAUGAGUUUUCCGAAAAGUAUAGUUUUCUUGACGAAUACGUAUCUAAAAAACUUAAAAAUUGCCCUUGUAUAUGUAUUAAUUUCAUAACUGGUAAUUAAUCCUCUGUAUUUGUUUGUAAAAAUAUUUUAUCAAGGUAAAAUAUUGCGUUUUCAAAAUGUCAUUAUGCGAUGUGAUGUAACACCGGUGAUAUUUGCAUAUGAAACAAAGUUGAAUAUCUUGCGAAGGAAGCAAAUUACCAAAAUUCUAUAAAAGAAAUUAUUAAGUCAUUUUAAGUGAUCUUUACAAUACAACCAUAAAAAUUUGGGGUGAAAUUUCGUGUCAUAGGCACUUUAAUAACCUAGACCAAACGGGGAUGAGAGUGCAGGCAUGAAGGUUGGCAGUCACGUGACCUUGGUUAGCAGUUCUUAAUGCUUUCUCAACACUAACAUGUAUUCCAUUUAAGUUAAAACAUAGUUGGAACACUCAUCAAACAUCCAUUUUAGCAAUCUAGAUUACUAAAUGACAUCUUGAAAUGACAAAUUUGAAAUGACAUCUCAUACGAAUAAAUCACUACUUAGUUAAUUUUGAUCCAGACGUCCAUGAGGACUGAACUGAUUUUGACCCAGUCCUAGGGUAUACAUGCAGUAUUAUCAUGUGAGUAAAAAUGAGUUUGAGAUAAAGUUUUCAUCAACUCCUAACUCUGGAAACACUGUCAUGUAUUCCAUUUAAGUUCAACAUAUUUGGAACACUCACCAAAACCUUCAUUUUGUUAAUCUAGAGCUUCAAAUGUCCCCCAUACAGCUUCACAAUGCUCAAGCUUUCGGUUGAGUUUUAUUCUAUAUCUUUAGUUUUCAAAACGAAAACAGUCAAGCUAUUUAUUCAUGUGCCAUUUUUUCGCAGAAUAUGCAAGAUACAACAACCCUGUGCCAAGAAGAUAUCGUUAACGAAAGGAUGGCCGGAAGAUACAAAGAAACAAAUCAAUGCGUCGAAUCAGCAUUAGCUACGUGAUAACUAGCUCACUUAUAUAUAUAUCAUGCAAUUUAGUGUACAAAUACUAAUUAAAAACUCAGUGUAUUUAAACGACAUUAAUUGUAUUACAUUUAGUCAACGAAGGGCAGAAACACAUUAGGAAACUGAAUCAUAUAAGAUUUAAUAAAUUUCCCCACCUAAACCUCAAUAUGGAUCUCAAUGAGAGGACGUAUAUUACAAUGAACCAUUCAAGUCAUUUUCAGUAAAAUUUAGUUAUUUUUACACUAGGUCUAUAUAAAUUAUUGCAAGUGUCGCCUUAUCAAUCAUCUUUUAAUAAAAUCUAAC